AUGGCCCUCUCGGUUAAAGAACGAACCGCCAUUAUCACUGGCGCUGGCUCUGGAAUCAACUUUGCCUACGCCAAGUUACUGUUACAAAAUGGAUGCAAUGUGCUAAUUGCGGACCUGGCUUUACGAACUGAGGCCAAGGGCUUGGUCGAGACAUAUUCCACUGGGUCGCCGCGAGCCGUUUUCCAGGAGACCGACGUGCGAGACUGGUUGCAGCUGGAGCGCAUGUUCCAGGUAGCUGAGAAGGAAUUCGGCGAAAUCGAUAUUGUCUGCCCUGGUGCGGGAGUUUACGAACCAGUAAGUGUGACCAAAGGACGAGAACCGACCCACGAACUACAAAUCUACGAAGUAAAGACCACCCAGCUAACUAGCUGUCCCUGCAUGACACAGCAUUGGAGCAACUUCUGGCGCCCACCUGGCUCGGCGCCCAGCAAAGAUGCGCGUGAUGGCGGCCGUUAUGCCCUGGUCGAUAUCAACAUCACACAUCCCAUCCGCACGUCGCAGCUUGCAAUUGCACACUUCUUGAAGCACCGCGGCAAUGGCCGUCCCAAGCAUCUCGUCCACAUUUCCAGUAUCGCUGGCCAAAAUCCCGCCAUGGCAGCGCCGAUCUACGUCGCCACGAAACAUGCCAUCAACGGGCUGGUCCGAUCGCUAAGCAAGCUCGACCGACUUGGCAUUCGCGUUACGGCCCUGGCACCCGGUGUCAUCAAGACACCGCUGUGGACCGACCAUCCUGAGAAAUUGAAGAUGGUGGAUGACAAGGCAGAUGAGUGGGUAACGCCCGAAGAAGUCGCAGAGGUUAUGUUGGCGCUGGUGCAGCAAGACCAGGUGAGCGAGAUCAUCGGCGAUCGGUCGGGCAAGGGUCAACAGUAUAAAGUUGCAGGGGGAACGAUUCUCGAAGUAUCGAAGACGGUGCGUGAAGUCACUGUAUUUAACGAUCCAGGCCCUGGAGACCGGCCAGGCAACACGGCGUCCGACCACGGAGCAGUGGAGGAGGAAAGUUUCCGUCUUCUGUUGGAGGAGGGAUGGGGACAGGCCAAGCUGUAG